ACCUGUGUCCUCCUAACGCAGAGUAUAUAGAGUGCGGUCCAGCUUGCAUUCCUACAUGUAUGGAACCCUCUACCAACUGUUCUGGCUCCUGCAUCACUGGGUGUUUCUGCAAACCAGGCUUUGUCUUCAAAGGACGGCACUGCGUGCCACUGGACAAGUGUGGUUGUUUAGAUGACAACAAUAACUAUUAUGAGCCUGGUGAGAUAGUAUUUGGAGAUGGCUGCACAAAGCUGUGUCGCUGUGUAGGGAACUACACUUUGGAAUGUGUUGAUAACUCCUGUGACCCCACUGAAGAGUGUCGAGAGGUUAAUGGUGUUGCAGGCUGUUAUCCUAAAGGUACAUCCACAUGCAUAGCAUCUGGCGAUCCACACUACACCAGCUUUGACAAACGCAAAUAUGACUUCAUGGGCAACUGCAGCUAUCUGAUGUCUAGCCCAUGCAAUGACACAACUGUGCCCUACUUUGAGGUCCAUACUGACAAUGAAUACCGGUAUAACAGGCCGACCAUCUCCUAUGUGAAUGCCGUACAUGUACACGCACAGAUGAUAAAGAUCUCCAUUCUCAAAGGUGGCACUGUGCAG